ACAAUUGUCUUAUUAUUCAAGUCUAUAAGUGCUGUUAGUUCGCCUUGUUUACCUUCUCUCAUGUCUGAGGAGCGCCAACUUCCUGGAAAACCUCACUAUGAAGUGAUGCUAAUCUUUUUUUUCCCUCUCUCUCUCUCUCUCUCUCGCUCGCCAACUGAAUGACGUCUCACAUGGAAACGGGGCUGAAAACUCGGCGCACGCAGUGAAUCCCUUAGUGUGACUCAUUCAUUUUGAAUUAUGCGACCGGUUUCGGAGACGACGAAAAAGAAGGGGAUUUAAUUAAUAAGCUGUGUUUUGUCUUUAAAAAACAAUCUGCGCUUACACAUUUGCGCUAAUCGUUUCUUUUUUUUCUUUUCCUUUGGCCACUGUGGAAAUGAUUUGCGCCCCUGGGAGGCAGACGCCAACAGCCGAGCGAGCCAUCCCUGCGCUCCCGUGGACUUCAGUGCGAGAAGAAUGUCACCCACUUCUGCCGGUGUCCUAACGUUUUAAGUCUUGAUCCUAAGAGAUAAAUUCUUACAUUCUCUCCAUUUGGUGAUUUGAAUCGCGGGGCUUGCAAACAUCGCCUGUAUCAGUUUCUUCGCCGCGUUUUUUCUUCUCCUUUUGUGUUUCCAGUUUGGAUCUCGCAUAAAUGGACCAAAUCAGGCCAGUUCGUGUGCAGCGGCGCUUCUUUUAGGGAUAUUCUCUGACUGAUGGGAUGUAGCCCUUCCUGAAUUACGAGGAGCUUCACCAUUCAACAAGCUGCACCGCUCACUCCCGGUUGCAAAGAAGAAGAAGAAGGAAAAAAAAAACGAUGGGCGCAGUUUGCCUGAGCCUUCUGCUGCGUCUUGGUUCUUCAGCCCAGCUUGUUGAAUCUCCUCCCUGGUGACAAGAAUGGGUUCGUUUUAAGAAACUUCUGGGCUCUUUUUUUGUUUUUCUUCUUUCCAUCGACGGAUUCGCAGGCUCCAUUCCUUCCCUAAAAGUUGAUGAUGGCGCGUCCCGGUGAAUGCGUGAAGCUGAGCUCUAUAUGGAGGCUGCUUUGGCUCAUGAGGACUGUGGUGGAUGUCGCGCUGCCUCAGGAGACUUAUGCGCCCCAUUCCAUACGGACUGAGGGGCACCUGACCCUCGGCGGACUCUUCCCGGUGCACACCAGAUCGAUCGACGGCACGCCGUGCAGGGACCUGAAAAAGGAGAACGGCAUCCAGCGGCUCGAGGCCAUGAUGUACGCGUUGGACCAGAUUAACCAGGACGACCAACUCUUGCCCAACAUCACCUUAGGCGCACGGGUGUUGGACACUUGCUCGAGAGACACGUACGCCCUGGAGCAGUCGUUAACUUUCGUGCAAGCCCUGAUCACGAAGGACACCUCCGACGUGAGGUGCACGAACGGGGAGCCACCGGUGUUUGUCAAGCCUGAAAAAGUGGUGGGAGUCAUCGGAGCCUCGGCGAGUUCAGUAUCGAUCAUGGUUGCCAACAUCCUACGCCUCUUUCAGAUCCCACAGAUCAGCUAUGCGUCGACGGCCCCGGAGCUGAGUGACGACAGGCGCUAUGACUUCUUCUCUCGAGUGGUUCCUCCAGAUUCGUUCCAGGCCCAGGCCAUGGUGGACAUUAUCCGAGCCCUGGGCUGGACGUAUGUCUCCACCAUCGCCUCAGAGGGCAGCUAUGGAGAGAAGGGAGUGGAGGCCUUCACACAGCUCUCCAAAGAAGCAGGUGGAAUCUGCAUCGCCCAGUCUUUGAAAAUUCCCCACAACCCCAAGCUGGAGGAUUACGACAAAACAGUCCAACAACUAAUGGAAACAUCCAACUCGCGGGCAGUCAUCAUCUUUGCCAGUGAAGAAGACAUACGGGGAGUUCUCAAUGCCACCAAGAGGGCCAAUCAGGUGGGCCAUUUCCUGUGGAUUGGAUCUGACAGCUGGGGGGCCAAGAGCAGCCCGAUCCACCAGCUCGAGGAUGUAGCAGUGGGAGCAGUCACUAUUCUGCCCAAACGCUCCUCCAUUAAAGGGUUUGAUGAAUACUUUACCGCACUCACCCUCGAGAACAAUCGCCGGAACGUGUGGUUUGCUGAGUUUUGGGAAGAAAACUUUGACUGCAGGCUGCUCAGUGCCUCCAAGAGAGAGGAUACGAGUCGCAAAUGCACAGGCCAGGAGCGCAUUGGGAUCGACUCCAAGUACGAGCAGGAAGGGAAGGUGCAGUUUGUGAUUGACGCGGUGUACGCCAUGGCCCACGCUCUGCACAACAUGCAGCGAGACCUCUGUCCCGAUCAUCCUGGCGUCUGUCCACAGAUGGAGGCUGCAGAAGGAAAGGUUCUGCUGAGGUACAUACGUAACACCAGCUUCAACGGCAGUGCCGGAACUCCUGUUGUGUUUAACAAGAACGGCGAUGCUCCAGGACGCUAUGACCUGUUCCAGUUCCAGAUGACCAACUCCUCCACUCCAGAGUAUAAGGUGGUAGGACAGUGGGUGGAGUCUCUCCAGCUCAAGCUGGAGGAGCUUCAGUGGCCAGAUGGAGAGCAGGAGGUGCCCAUCUCUGUGUGCAGUCUGCCCUGCAAAACUGGACAGAGGAAGAAGAAAGUAAAGGGCAUGCCAUGCUGCUGGCACUGCGAGCUCUGUGACGGCUACCAGUACCAGUAUGACGAGACUUCCUGCAGACUGUGCUCUUACAACAUGAGGCCCAAUUCCAACAGAACCGCCUGCCAGCCCAUCCCCAUUGUCAAGCUGGAGUGGCAUUCUCCCUGGGCCAUCAUCCCCGUCUUCCUGGCCAUGCUCGGCAUCAUCGCCACCAUCUUCGUCAUGGCGACUUUCGUGCGCUACAACGACACGCCCAUCGUGCGGGCGUCGGGCAGAGAGCUGAGCUACGUGCUGCUAACUGGCAUCUUUCUGUGCUACAUCAUCACAUUCCUCAUGAUCGCCAAGCCUGACAUAGCUGUGUGUGCCUUCAGGAGGAUCUUCCUGGGCCUGGGCAUGUGCAUCAGCUACGCCGCGCUGCUCACCAAGACCAAUCGAAUCUAUCGGAUCUUCGAGCAGGGGAAGCAGACAGUCACAGCCCCUCGCUUCAUCAGUCCCACCUCCCAGAUAGCCAUCACCUCCAGUCUAAUCUGCGUGCAGCUGCUGGGGGUGCUGGUGUGGUUCGCCGUUGACCCGCCAAACACCAUCAUCGACUACGAUGAGCAGAAAACCAUAAACCCCAAGCUGGCCCGCGGUGUGCUGAAGUGUGACAUCACAGACCUACAGAUAAUCUGCUCACUGGGCUACAGCAUCCUGUUGAUGGUGACCUGCACUAUCUACGCUAUCAAGACACGGGAUGUACCGGAAGAUUUCAAUGAAGCCAAACCCAUUGGCUUCACUAUGUACACCACUUGCAUAGUCUGGCUGGCCUUCAUCCCGAUUUUCUUUGGCACGGCCCAGUCGGCAGAGAAGCUGUAUAUUCAGACAACCACCCUGACCAUCUCCAUGAACCUCAGUGCCUCAGUAGCACUGGGCAUGCUUUACAUGCCCAAGGUGUACAUCAUUAUCUUCCACCCUGAGCUGAACGUACAGAAGAGGAAGCGUAGCUUCAAGGCCGUGGUCACAGCUGCCACAAUGUCAUCACGUCUGUCCCAGAAGCCCAAUGAGAGACCCAAUGGAGAGGCUAAGACUGAGCUGUGUGAGAACCCUGCUGCUGACCCCAUGAGUCAAGCAACCAAGAAAACAUAUGUGAGUUACAACAACCUCAGGAUCUGAUCUGCUUGGAAAUGAAUGCUGUUUGUCCUUUAUCUGUGAUUGGGGGGGAAAGGAAAGGGAGCUGUAGGGGAUCAGAGAAAGGCAGGCAGAGACAGGAGAGAGAGAGAGAGAGAGAGAGAGAGCACAGGCAUCUCAGCACCACCUGCAGUACCUAUGCACUCCAGGACUGUGGAUAGCAUCCAACCUUCAUCCAGACAUGAUGCAUGAGUCCUGACAGAGGCUAGCACAGCUUUAGGCCGGUGUGGCUGAGUCGGCCUCCAGAACCAAACUGCAGGUUUAGAACUUGUGUUGUGGCCCCCUUCUCUCCCUCUGACUCAGAACAACUUGCCUGCUAAAAGGGGUCACUGUGAAUGAGGACAAACACACAAAAAAGAGGAAAAAAAAGGACAGUGGAUCUGCUUUCAAGAUAUUUUCUUUUGAAAUGUCAUUAAAGCCAUAUUCUCUUGGGGUUCCCAUUAUCUGAUUUCUGUUUUGUAUUGUUUCGAAGUGAUUUUCUUCUGUGCCUCUUUUCUCUUGAAGUUGAUUUAAUUACCUUGAACAGCAAGCUCUGCCACAUACAGUAUUUUGUUUUAAUGAAAUCAACUCAAAUCAGUCCCAAAUGAUUCUGUUCGCGUGAUGGGCAUUGUAAGUAUAUUUUUUGUAAAUAUUUGAGAGUAUUUUCAUGUUUGGAGUACAAAAAUAGAUAUCCAGUCUUUGUUCAAUUGGAUUUGGAUGGUAAUGAAAAGCACCACAAAGUGUUCACUUUGCAUGUGCCAAUGUAUGUUUGUUCUAUUUGAUGUAAACCUAAAAAAAAAAAAGAGAAAUAAAUUCUGAAAAUGAUAAUGAG